ACGCAGGCUUUCUAUUCCUCGAGUUGGAACACAUCGUUGUGAACGUUCGCUCUGAAAGUGUUGGUAACGACUUCUCCAUUCACCCAGCAGUACUGCAGUGAAAUAAUUCUCGCCUGCAAAAACCCACUGCAUUAGUUACUUGUACACCAGACUGGGGUAGACCUUCACAUUGAUAUCGCCACUGCGCGGUGUAGUUGUUGGAUCGGAGCAACGCUUGAUCAGUGUGACAUCCGUCCACCAAGAAGCAGGCACAGCGUAGGACAAUUAUAUUCCACUACAUAGGCGUCAUGGCCGAAGCGGGCAAGAAAGAGAAGGAGCCGAUCAACAUUGUCCACCAGAACGCACAGUUCCGUGAGACGGUGCACAAGGAGCGCAAGAACCAGAAAGUCUUUCAGGACUAUAGCAUAAACCCUUACAAUAAAGCCUUCUCGCUGAGCGGAAAGCCAAACAGCAAGCAUGAUUCUGCUGACGGAGAGGAAGAUGCCACUUUCUUGAAAGUGUAUCGUCAAUCAAUCCGGGCACCACAGGAAAAGUACGACUUCCCGCAGACAGAAGCACAAGAAGUUGGCUGGGACAACAAACCAUUGGUGAAGCCCGUACCACUCGAUGACCGCCGAUUGCAGCACGGACACCAGUGGACUGGAGUCACGCAGUACAUGGAGGCCGUCUGGACUGCUAAUCGCCACAAGAACGAGGAAUCUGAGUCAUGAGCAACGGUUGACCCCUCCGCAUGACAGCAGCACAACAUUGUUCUGGCUGUGCCCCGAGAUGUGCACAAGCUCAGAGGAUCUACAGCAGCAAGCAAUUGAUACUUGUUCAGUAUCGACAGAUAACAUUGUCAUAUCAAAACAGCCAUAUACCUAUUAGUCAAUAAUAAACCUGUCUACGAGAGUCAGACUCAGAAACUACUUUUAAAAGUGCAAUCACUUAUACUGCGAGUGCAAGGAUGAAUUUGUUGAGCACAUGCUAUAAUUAUUGAUUUUAGCUAUCUCCAAAGUAUUAGACCAGCCUACAUGUAUAUCUUUGUCAUGAUUGCUGUCACAAUAAUUAUCAUUAUGUUGUUCUUCCAAGGGGACACGGCUUGAAAGUGCUGCGUCAAAACCAGGCUGGAGUCAUGA